UCUCAUCAGCUCCAGUUCACAACAGUCUCAUCAUAACUGUAAUAAAUUAUUUACGUUAUUUUUAAUUCUCAAAAAAAUGAAUAAUAGCUCAAAUAUAAGAGGACGAGGGUUUUGUCCAAGCGAUUUGUCCGAGACCCAGCGUAGUUUUGGACCGCCCUACAAGCAUAAGCAGCCAAUCACGCGAGCCAAUCGCAUGGAGCAAUUUCUCUGGCAGGAAAUCUUUGCUGAGUACAAUCGUCAGAACUCCAUGCCGGAGGUCUGGGAGCCCAAUCAAACUGAAUAUUUUGAAGAGUUCUGUAAGGAUGUGCCCCCGGAGGAUGCAGACCGCAAGGAGGUGGCCAUUAAUAAGCAUCCCCUUUAUUGCACCACGGCCAUAACGGUUUGGAAUCCCGAUGGCGAUGCCACCAGAACUUUUAAAAAGAUUUAUAGCAUGACUGGGCCUAGGGAGCAGUGCAGCGAAAAGUUUGCACCCUAAGCCAAUUUUUAAGCAGUAUGUAAUUAUGCCAUUACGUUUUAAGUUAGUUUUGCAAAAUUCCAUGCACGACUCAAAGUUAUAAAUAAGAAAAUAAAAUAGGCAGGCCAGCUGGUUUAAAUAGUAUCGAU